AGUACCCUUAAGAGAGUCUAAGGCAAGACACCUUCCCCUUUAAGAAAAGCAGUGCGGAAUCCGCCUCUUCCUAAUAAGGUCGUGUUUACUUUUCUCGGCCGAAACUAUUUCUUCCUGGUUCGAUAGUAGCACUCACCUUUAAUUGAAUGCCUACUGAGGAAUUGAAGCAGCGUUUUGCCAGCGGGAUCAAAAUAAGAAAAGAGGAGAGGGACCCCAAAAAAGGGAGGAGAACGGGAGAAGAGGGACAGCGUUCGGAGGGUGUUUCGCUUCCUCCGUGCUGCACGGGUCCCCGGUGUGUGACCCCAGGCGCCCAGCAGCCCGCCGGCAUGGCCCUGCUCACCCUGCACCGCACUCCGUCCGUCUGCACGCCGGAUGAAGCAAUUCCAAAGAGAGGACAACUUCAGAAGAGAGAAAGCUUUGCCCUGGUGAAGGGGGCAGUGCUAUUGCUGGAAGAGGGUGAAGGAAGAGAGAUUGGGGGGACCACGCCCCCUCUGCUGAAGCAACGCCCACAGGGGAGUGGGAAGUCGGAGACUCAGCACAGACACCUCCACGCCAUGGUGUCCCUGCUGCGACCGGAGGACACCCUCAAGCUGGCGGUGAGAUUGGAAUCUGUCAGUCCGGUCAGAGUGAGAUACUUGCUAGUUAUUUCGACCAACUGUCGUAAAAAUGAGAGCAUCUUACUCGGUGUGGAUUUCCCCAACAUGGAGAGUGAUUGCUGCACGAUCGGCCUGGUUCUCCCUGUUUGGAGUGACACGCAGGUGUACCUCGAUGGAGACGGUGGGUUUAGUGUCACCUCAGCGGAAAUGACAAGGAUCUUCAAACCUGUAUCCAUUCAGACCAUGUGGUCAGUCCUGCAGGCCCUGCAUGGCUGUUGUGAGAGAGCAGUGAAAGGUGCAAUCAUCCCAGGCUCUGGACUGAGCUGGGCCAGGAACUACUUUACUCAGGUGGAGUCAGACCACCUCUGCCGCAACGAGUGGGGAGCAAUGAUGGGCCUGGAGUCGGUCAGGAGGGACAAUAUGGGGCAAAGUUCUUCAGAGAGAGUGUCGGUGGAGAGGAGGAUCAAAGCCCAGCUAAGGGAGAUCAUGAGGACUGAAGAUCUUGAGAACAUCACAUCCAAACAGGUCCGGAUGGCUCUCGAGAAGAACUUAAACAUGGACAUGAAAGACUAUAAGGAAUACAUCGACAACGAGAUGAUGGUCACCAUGGCACAGAUGGACAAACCCUCUAAGAUAUUCGACUACCUUUUCUUGGGCUCCGAGUGGAAUGCGGCCAAUUUUGAAGAACUGCAAAAAAACAAUGUUGGCUACAUCUUGAAUGUGACCAUGGAGAUCGACAACUUUUUCCCGGAAUCCUUCACCUACCUGAACAUCCGGGUGUAUGACGUGGAGUCAACAGACCUCCUCUCUCACUGGAAUAACACAUACUCGUUUAUCAACAAAGCUAGGCAGAGCGGCCAAGCCGUCCUGGUCCACUGUAAGAUGGGCGUGAGCCGGUCAGCCUCCACCGUGGUGGCUUUCGCCAUGAAGCAAUACCAGUGGUCGCUGGACAUGGCUCUGGCCCACGUACGCGAGAGGCGGUCCAUCGUCAAGCCCAACGAGGGAUUCAUGAAGCAGCUGAACACCUACAACGGUAUCCUGAGUGCCAGUCAGCAGCGUCACAACCUCCUGUGGAAGCGCAAGUCAAGGGAGAUCAGGAAGAUGUCCGAACACGGCGUCGAAGAAGCCAGUGAUGAAGAGGAGGAGGAGGAGGAAGAUGACGGGUCUCUGGAGGAUGAAGAGAUUGAUGAAGAUGAGGUAGAGGUCUUCACUGAAGGUCCUGUGGAUCCGUUAGCAGACAGCUCCCCGCCCCCUUCCCCACCUGACCCCCCCUGUCCAUCUCAGGAGCCUGAAAGAUCCACCCAUCACACCACUGUCCCAGAUGGUGACAAGGUUACCCAGAGUCCAAGUCGCAGUGGAAGGAUGAAUCUCUUUUCCCUCAUGCAAUCAAUCUGUGAACUGAAUGAGGACGAGGAGAGAGGGAGCGACAAGGAGAUGGCUGCCAGUCAGUGGAGGUCACCUGAUCAGAGGAGGCGGAGUCUGGGGAAAAGAAGCCUUAUUCAUCAGAAGGCUCACGUGGAUGUAUCUCCAGAGCCACGCAGCCUGUGUGAUAAUAGGAACUUGGAGAAGGAAGGGGUGGAGUCAACUGUACCUAAGACUGAAACAAAGGAAGAGGAGAGUGGAACUGAGGGAGGAUGUGGAGAGUAAAAUAUGAAAUGAAAGCUCAGGAAAAAAUAGGGUGCGUGUGUGUCUGAGAGAGAAAGAGAGAGAGAGAGAGAAUUUUCUGCCAACAAAUAUAUGUAUAUAAAUGACUGCAAGAUUUUGGAGCCAACCAACGAUUAGUUUCACUGCUUCCGGUCACAGGAGAAUGAACCUGGAAGUUCAGUAAUGUAGUAUUUUACAGAACUAUAGCUAAAUGACAAACUAUGACCAAGUAUCAAUAUUGGAAAAUUUAAACAAGGAAGGUUUAUCUAUGAAACCUUGUUUUGCUUUUAAUGCCACUUUUUAUAUGAGUAUAUAUAAAAUCAUACAGUGCAUCCCAUAAUUGUCAGUACUAAUUUGAGUCUUAGGUAGCCCACACUUGUGUGUGUGUGUGUGUGUGUGUGUGUGUGUAUGUGUAUAUAUAUAUAUAUAUAUAUAUAUAUAUAUAUAUAUAUAUAUAUAUAUAUAUAUAUAUAUAUAUAUAUAUAUAUAUAUAUAUAUGAGUGUACUACUCAGUAUUGGGUUCCAUCUGUACCUUUCCUGCUGCAGCUGCCCUAUUUCCAUUGGCACUGUCAGAUCUGUCAGAUCCCAGAACUCUAUUUUGUUUGUUGCACAGCACAUGGCUGUGUGUGUGUGUGUGUGUGUGUGUGUGUGUGUGUGUGUGUGUGUAUUCAAAAACCCCUCUCAGUCAUGUGACUGUCAAGAUAUCAUCCAUUAUGGGUAUUUUCCUCAUCCAAAUAGGACCAGUCAGUAGCAUUCGUUUGCAGGGAUUGAACAUGUUGACGUAAUAUUUUAGUAUUUGAAAACAAGUAGUUUGGACAAGAUCUAUUUUUGCACAAGCAUUUGCACACGCACACUUUCUUGGUAGUUCUCUCUCUCUAGGCCUUCUAUGCAAUUCACUGGUUUAAGCUGUCUUGUAGUUCUGCAAAUGUGAAACUAUGCAGGUGUUGGGGCGUCGUCAGGGCCAGAUUAUUAGUUCAGUUUACUGUAUUGCGACGUCCUCCAAGUGGGCGGAUCAUUCUGUUCUGCACCUGCUGCACCUACUAUUGCGGUGUCUGCCAGCAUGCUGAUGGCAUCUGAAUGGAAAUACACUGUUUGGCUAUAUUUGAAACCUAUUAUUCACCACACUAAGAACAUAUUUUAUUGUGACGCUACAAAGAUUUGUAUAUCCAUGAAAAAAAAUUGGAUUAAUAAGUCACGUAUUUUAUAUUUUUAUACCUAGGAUCUACCAAUGCCUUGAACAAAAAGGUGAUCAUCAUAUGGCCCUAGAUGUAUAUUAUUAUUAGUGUCAGAAAAGGGUUAUGAGGGGACGGCUUAUUUUCAGUAUUCGUCACUGUGCCUUCCUGCGAGUUCAGUACCUUGUAAUGUAUUUGUGUUUAAUGUGUGUCUGUUAUGAACUGUAUGCACUUAAUGAAUGGGUUUUUCAUUGUAACAUUGUGAACAUUACAGAAAGACUCCAGUGUGGAUAGGGGCCUGUCAUGAUCUGCCGUAUGAACUUAAGAGAAAAUUAAGUCAAAUGAAAAUUGAACAAACCAAAGACGAUCAUUCAAUUCUGAACUGCAUUGGCUCAGACAGUGCGAUGAUCCAUUUGUUUUGUAUUUUGUUAUACCGAAUGACUCUUAAGAUUCUCAGCUAUUAUUGAAUAAUAUGUGCAGUAAAUCACAAAUGUUUACAGUG